CCCUCACUAAUCAAACUUUUCCGUAUGCCAUUUUUCAAUCUUUGUUUCUAUACCAACAAGUCCACAACAGCAGCCAGGUACCCAUUUCACAACUAUGUUCGUACACCCUCUCACGCCAACCUUUGAACCUAUCACACUGCCAUGUUUCUUAUGCCCUUACAUCCUCCAAUUAACAUUGCUUUUUUAUUUUUAUCUUAAACUCGCUAUUAAGAACUUUAAUAUAAUUAGUUGUUCAAACAACUCAUAUUUUGACUUUCCUAUCCUUCUUCUCCCUUUUAGAUUUUUUUUUUUAAUGUUAUAGUAUGAUUAUUAUGUUCGUCAAAAUCACUAUAAUAACCUUCUCCUUGCGCUCCCGGGGACUGGGAACCAUGCUUCCAAAGCGUUUGUCUAUUUACAUGACAUGUAAAACUACAAUGUUGCCUUAUUCUAUGCGAGUGGGCCACGUGUUCAUAGCCUCAUCCAAACUGCAGCGAAUAGUUAAUAAAAACUUAAUUGAAUUCACGUAAAGAUUCGUUGAACCAAUGAAUAAGUGAUGGUUUUGGGCCACGUAAUGUGACAAGUCGUACUUUAUUUGUGUCACUUUUAUUUUGAGCAAAAUAAAAUGAUGAAACUAAAGAAAAAACUUUGGUUGGACUUUCAUUAUAGACACGAUAGUUGGAUGGUUUAAUUACACCACACCAAAGUGAAGUAAGUUGACGGAAAUUGUUGGGAGUAAUUAGUGCUCGUUUUCCUCGCAACUUGCAAGUACGUUUUUUCUUGGUGGCUGAUGCUUGCGUUGAGUCUUGUAACUUUAUUCAGGUUUCAUAACUAAGGAGAAUGAAGUCCUUUUCAGUUAAGGUUGAAGAAGGAAGGGAAGGUAAAAAUGGCACCCUUUCUGUUGGCCCUGUAUAUCGUAACCUCCUUGCCAAAAAUGGUUUUCCUCCGAUGGAUCCUGAUUUCAGUACCCCUUGGGAUAUUUUCAGUGUGUCUGUCAAAAAUCAUCCGAAUAACCGGAUGCUGGGAAGGCGUCCUAUUGUCGAUGGAAAGAUUGGACCCUACGUGUGGAAGACAUAUAAGGAAGUUUAUGAUGAAGUUCUGCAUAUGAGUUCUGCUUUACGAGCAUCUGGUGCAGAACCUGGAACUAAAAUUGGAAUUUAUGGAGCUAAUUGCCCUCAAUGGAUUGUGGCAAUGGAGGCUUGUUCUGCUCAAAGCUUUGUUUGUGUGCCUCUCUAUGACACCCUUGGGCCUGGUGCCGUAAAUUUUAUCAUAGAUCAUGCAGAAGUAGAUUUUGUUUUCGUCCAAGAUAAGAAGGUUAAAGAGGUUUUAAAUCCUGAUUGUAAAUCCUCAAAGCGACUGAAAGCCAUGGUGUGCUUCACUACAUUAACAGAGGAACAGAAAAAUGGGGCUGACGCAAUUGGAAUUAAGCCAUAUUCGUGGGAUGACUUCUUGCACUUGGGAAAAGAAAACCCAAAAAGUAUUUUUCCACCUCGUGCUAGUGACAUGUGCACAAUAAUGUAUACUAGUGGGACAAGUGGAGACCCUAAAGGUGUUGUUUUAACUCAUGAGAACGUAUCGGCUUUGGUAAGAGGAAUGGAUCUUUUCAUGGAACAAUUUGAAGACAAGAUGACUGUGGAUGAUGUGUAUUUGUCAUUCCUACCCUUGGCUCAUAUCCUAGACCGCACUAUUGAGGAGUACUUUUUCCGUAAGGGUGCAUCUGUUGGCUACUAUCAUGGGGAUUUGAACGCGUUGAGGGAUGACUUAAUGGAAUUAAAGCCGACACUGUUUGCUGGUGUCCCACGGGUUUUUGAAAAGGUCUACGAUGGUAUCAAGAAAGCAGUGGACGAACUCAAUCCAUUUAGGAGAACAGUUUUCGGCAUGCUCUACAACUACAAACUUGGUUGGAUGAAAAAAGGAUAUAAGCAUAGAGAAGCAUCACGUGUAGCCGAUCUAUUAGCCUUCAGAAAGGUCAAAGCUAGGCUUGGUGGUCGUGUUCGACUUAUAAUAUCUGGAGGGGCAGCUUUGAGCCCUGAGAUUGAAGAGUUCUUGCGUGUCACUACAUGUGCCUUUGUGUGCCAAGGCUAUGGUUUGACUGAAACAUGUGGAUCAACUACUCUUGGCUAUCCUGAUGAGAUGUGCAUGCUUGGUACUGUUGGAGCUGUAUCUGUAUAUAAUGAAAUAAUGCUGGAGGAGGUUCCUGAAAUGGGCUACAAUCCUCUUGAAAGUCCUCCAUGUGGUGAAAUAUGUGUGAGAGGGAAAACUGUUUUCACUGGUUACUACAAAAAUCCUGAGUUAACAAAGGAAGCUAUUAGAGAUGGAUGGUUUCACACUGGGGACAUAGGAGAAAUUCUUCCUAAUGGUGUUAUUAAGAUAAUUGACAGGAAGAAGAAUCUUGUUAAACUUUCCCAAGGAGAGUAUAUAGCACUUGAGCAUCUAGAAAAUGUCUAUGGAAUCACUCCCAUAGUUGAAGAUAUAUGGGUUUAUGGGAAUAGCUUCAAGUCAAUGCUGGUUGCAGUGGUAGUUCCUAAUGAAGAAAUUGCCAAUAAGUGGGCAUAUGCAAAUGGUCACAUAUCUUCUUUCUCCAAACUCUGCUCUCUUGACCAACUCAAGAAAUACGUGCUAUCUGAGCUCAAGUUGACAGCUGAGAGAAAUAAGCUAAGGGGCUUUGAACAUAUAAAGGGAGUGAUAUUAGACCCGCAUCCAUUUGACAUGGAAAGAGACUUGGUGACAGCAACACUGAAGAAGAAAAGAAACAAACUGCUCAAGUAUUUUCAGGUGGAAAUUGAUGAAGUAUACCAAAGUUUGAGUGGGGAUAAGCAUAAAAUUUGAGGUUUCUAGACGCGGAUGGAUAUGGCUAUUUAGUAGCAUAAAAUUUAAGUGUGCAGCAAGUAGCAAGUGCUGAACUAUAAUAUUACCUAAUUUUCAAAGGGUGUACGGGAACAACCCAUUUCGCGUGGAGAAAGUAUAUCUGUUAUCAAUCCACAUACGCCCGGGCCACGCUACAUGCAUGUUUGAAUGUUUGUAUACGUAUAACAUCAUCAUAA